CCUUUAAUUUAAAAACUCAAAAAACAGAGUGAAGAAAUAAAAAACAAACCCACCAAACAAAAGUAGAAAGAAGCAGCAGCUCACAAGAAAGGUAGAAAGCAAAGAAGAAACAACUACAGCACCGCACCUCACAAUACAAAGAGAAAGAAGGAAUCGAGAUAUAAAAUCAUAGCCAAAACCCCAGAAAUUGGAAAAGAGUGUUUUGAAAUUGCAAUGGCAGUGCUCAAUUCUUGUAAGCUUGUUUGGAUCUGCGCCGUGAUCGUGGCGGCGGCGUUGAUGGUGGCAGUUGAUGCGAGUGGUGACCACCACUACCACAACCAGAAAAUCCUGGGUUGGAUUCCGACCCCCACCAGAUCUUCUUGCAAUGGUUCCAUAGGGGAAUGCUUAGGAGGGGAAGAAGAGUUUGAGCUGGACUCGGAGAUCAGCCGCCGGGUUUUGCAAACCACCAGGUACAUAAGCUACGGCGCUCUUCAAAGGAACACCGUUCCCUGCUCCCGCCGUGGUGCUUCCUAUUACAAUUGCCAGCCUGGAGCUCAGGCUAACCCUUACAACCGUGGAUGCAGCCGUAUCACAAGGUGCAGGGGCUGAGCUUUUUUUUUUUCCCUCUUUCAAAAAUAAAUAAUUUCCUUUUCAGAUUUCCAUUUCUUUUUCUUACUUUUUGAUUGUUAUACAUGGAGAGAUCGAUUGUAGUCAUGUUUUUAGUAUUUUUAAUUUUUUUUAAUGUCUCUGUAAAAGAUUAUUGUUAUUCUUAUAUACUUUUUUUUGUUCCUCACAA